CAAGAAUCUCCGGCCUCUCUGUUCUCGUCCAUUCCACUCUCUAUAUCACUGUUGAAUCUGUGACAAGGCAUACUCGACUCGUCUUCCCGCAGACCCUGAUAGACCGACGCUCGGCCCUCUUUCACUUUUUCCCGACCCCUCAGGCUCUCGUCAAGCAUCUCGUAUAAAUCAAAACACUAUGGGCGCCAAACCAAUAUCGCGCAAACUCGUCGUGCUCGGAGAUGGUGCUUGUGGCAAGACUUCGCUAUUGACGGUAUUCACCAAAGGAUACUUUCCCACAACAUACGAACCGACAGUAUUUGAGAAUUAUGUGGAGAUGAUGGAAGUGGAUGACCAGGUAGUCGAGCUGAGUUUGUGGGAUACUGCUGGACAAGAAGAGUUUGACCGGCUACGCUCGCUUUCCUACGCUGAUACGCACUGUGUGAUGCUUUGCUUUUCGGUGGAUUCACCGGUAUCGCUGGAGAAUACCGAGUCCAAGUGGAUACACGAGAUCAACGAGUUUUGCCCCGGGGUCAAGAUUAUCCUUAUCGCUCUGAAAUGCGACUUGCGAGACGACGACGGCGUAAGAGAUAGACUGGCGAGACGGAAUCUGCAUACAGUGACAUACGACGAGGGGCUGGCGACUGCACGGACUAUCCGCGCGAGCCGUUACUUGGAAUGCUCUGCCAAGCACAACCGUGGGGUGCGGGAGGCUGUCUACGAGGCUGCGCGGGUGGCGGUCGGGAGCCGGGCGAAGGGUGGGGGCUCAGGGGGGCGGCUGAAAGGGGAGGGAUGGAAGGACAAGUGCGUGGUGUUGUAG